CCUGUACACCAGUCUGCUUUCCCUCUAGAAUAGUCAAACAGCAAAACUCAGCCAAGAGUCUAAUCAGCCUCUGAAGUUCACAAGCUUGUUCUUAUUCCCUGCCCAGAACUGUUUCUAUUAAUAGUAACUGCUGGCUCGUCAGGCCCGGAAGGUGCAGCGGGGGCCCUCCCUACUGCCUUUGAACAUGCAAUGUUGGAAACCAGGCAUAUGCUAAUGAUCUCCAAGGGCCUGGAAUUUCUUGUUGCUUAGGAACAAAAGUUGCACAGACAGCAUCACAAGAGCUGACUAGAAUAUCACACAAACAGGUUCAACAUUAAGCGGCAGCUGACCUUCCCGGAACAUCUUCUGGCUCCUUUUCAUUCAUCUCAUCUGCAGAGCAUUCUUUUCAUUGGGAAUGGCUAAGGGGGGAAAAGGUCCCAAAGGGAAAAAAGUCACCUUGAAAGUUGCUAAGAAUUGCAUCAAGAUUACAUUUGAUGGCAAGCAUCGCCUUGAUUUGAGCAAGAUGGGCAUCACAACGUUCCCCAAAUGCAUCCUCAAACUAGCCGAAGAUGUGGAUGAACUAGAUCUCAGCAGAAACAUGCUCAAGAAGAUCCCAGACUCUAUAGAGAAGUUCCAGAACCUGCGGUGGCUGGACCUGCACAGUAACCAGAUUGACAGGCUGCCAGAAACCAUAGGGAACUUACAGAAUCUCAUCUUCCUGAACCUUAGCAACAACAAGCUCACAGCCCGGAGCUUACCAGUGGAACUCAAUCAGCUCAAGAUCUUGCGUAACCUCAACUUGGGUCUAAAUCACAUUGACAAUCUCCCGACCACACUGGGAGCUUUAAAAGAGCUCCAGGAAGUUGGGGUAUUUGAUAACUUACUAACGACCAUCCCCAACAGCAUCGCAAAACUCCCAAAGCUCAAGAAGUUGAACGCCAAGAGAAAUCCUUUCCCUGGGCCCACAGAAGAGGAACUCUUCAUUGACCAUAUCAAACGCCUUGAAACACUUUACGUGGUGGAAGAAAAAGAUCUUUGCUUCCCCUGCUUGAGAAAAUGUCAAGAAGAGCGGGACAAGCUGAACAAGCUGAAGAACACAGUGCCUGCACCUCUCAGAAAGCCAAAUUUUUCAAGCCUCAUGACACCCAAUUCCCUGGCAAAGGAGAAUCAAGCAGAAUGGAGGAUGAGUUGAUGCAGUGAGCCAUCCCAACAAGGAAUUUUGAAAGCCCUGCAAGAUUCCCGCCAACAGUGAGACCACCAGCUCUUUCCUUGCCUUGAAGUCUCUGUAAUGUCUCUCUAGUUCUUUCCCUUUGAGAAGCAAAGAGGGUGUGUGAGUACGUACACCUAUGCACACAGAGGACAAGCACAGAAGAACUGGAUGAUUGCUAAGAAAGAUGCAAGCAACCCAUGCAGUACUUCAGAUUCUUAAACAAAGCAAUAGUUACCUUAGUUUGGGCAACUGUUCUGCAAAUUGUACAGUUUUGCAUAAUAUAGGCAAUGUGGCACAAAAAUGAUACUUUUGUGCAAAACUUCAGUCUCAUCUACACAAGAACUCUAUCAAGAGUGCCAGAUUUCAUGUCAUCUUGGCUAGUGAGAACAAGAAUGUUGUACUUCCUUUUCCUCCCAUAUGAGAAUUAGGCAACUAGAUACUUGCAUUCCUAUUUUAGCUCAGUGUAGUUCCAUACAAUCAUGCAAAAUACAUAGAAUGAAUUAAAGGCACAACUAAGGUAAAACCUAAAAUGUAUCUGAAUACCUUCAUUAAAGAUCAUAUUUCAAACAAUUAUAAUGCUACAUUUGGCAGUGGCAGCAGAUAUUACCUAUGCAUAUUACUAAAGUUAGAUUCUAAUCUAACAGAAUGGACCAUGGAGACAAGGGAUUAUGUAGAAAUGAAUAUACUGUAUUAAACUCCGUUUUCUUGGUAAAGCAAGGGCUCUAUAUGCUUAGCAGGUUUGAGAAAAACUGGAAAUGUUUUAGAAAUGCUAAAAAAAUGUCGUAUUAGAAGAGGUCACCAUGUUAAUUUGUGGUAGCAGAUCAGAACAAAAUAAAAAUUAAAAAGACAAAAAAUGUUGUGGCAUCUUAGAGACUAACUGAUAAAUUGUAAUGUCAGCUUUUGUAGACAAAUCCACUCCCUCAGACAAAAAAAAAUUGCAGUAAUUUACAUUCCAUUUCCUGUACUGUAUUUUCUUCUCAGAAUAUUUUUACUCACAUAACCAAAAAAGAUACCAUAUCAUUCGUGUCAGACAUUAUACUGUUUUAGCUGUUACACUUCCUGUCCCACAAUAUAUUUUUCUAAAACGCUGGCAGGUCCACAAAGGAAAGCCAGAGCUGCCUUUGGCAAGCAAACCCUCUUUUUGUUUCACUUCUACAAAAUGUUGUAUGAACCCUUAAGCCCUUGCUCAACAUUCCGGAAGUACCAGCUAGUGAAAUUAUUCAGUUUGAACUGCUGGAUAGGUCUCUGUGGAGCCAGAGAUUGGGAGCUCGAUUCC